AUGUGGUGCCAGCGUUCGGACCGGGUCUACGUCACCAUCAAGGUGGCCGACUGCGUCCGGGCGGCUGUGCACGUCAACGAUGGCGAGCUCAGCUUCAGCGGCCACGGCCACGGCGCGCGCGGCACGCGCGACUACGCGCUCUCGCUGCGGCUGGCCGGCGCGGUCGUUCCCUCCCGCUGCUGCUGGUUCGUGUGCGGCCCGUCGGUGCGCGUGCGUCUCGAGAAGGAGGCGGCGGGACCAUACUGGGACAGCCUGAUGGUUGGCGUCAAGCCGCCGCAGUGCAAGAUCGACUGGCAGUCCUGGAUCGACGAGGACGAGGAGUGCGAGGUGUCCGCGGCGCCGAGCGGCUUCGAGGCGAACGACCUCCAGAUGCAGAUGGCUGAGGACGACGAGAUUGCCCUCGAGGAGAAUGAGGAGCGGAGCGAGGAGCUGCGGCUCGAGGAGAACACCGAGCUCGCGGAGGGGCAGGCGGAGGGAGUCGACGAGUCGGAGGACUCGCUGCAGCUCGAGGAGAACAUGGAGGGGCUCGAGGGAGGCCCGCCGGCUGGAAGUCGGCAGCCGCGCGAGCCCGACGCCUGCUCCUGCUUGCGCACGCCUGCGUAG